CUCAGCGCCAAACCUGAAAAAUAAAAUCAUCAUUAGCAGAGACAACAAACGAGAUCCGGGACAACAGGAUGAAUAUCGGACUACUGACAAUCGUCAUGGGACUCGCGCUCGCAGGGAGCCCGGAAACUCCAGGCGUGGAGAUCACACGAUUAGAGGGAGGAAACGGAAUCCUAACCACUAAAUAUGCGAACCUGCGAAUCUAUCACACGGUGUGGAAUAUGAUUACACAUAUCGACAUAACAAAAUUCCUAGAGAAAAAACAAAUCCUCACACGACACUGGUUGGGAAUGAAAGGGAUCUGUACCCAACUACGAGGCAAUUGUAAUUUUGAAGACCAAUUAGACCAGGUAAUUAAUCGGCUCGAUAUAUUAGACGGUACUCAUCGACACAUGAGAGAAUUGUUAGCAGAAACACCGGAGAGAUCGAAACGAGCGGUCCUCGGAUUUAUCGGGAAAAUAAGCAAGAUUCUUUUCGGGACAAUGGACGAAGAUGACGCGGACUAUUACGACCAAUACAUAGAAUCCCUACAGAACACAACUAGGGAAACCCUAGCCCUUCUGGCGAAUCAAACGCACAUUAUUCGAUCCGAAUGCGAAUCAAUCCACCAAACUAUUCAAGGUCUAACUAAAGAAAUUAAGACCUUGAACGCGACAGUCUACGUAGCCAUCGGAAACAUCCUCGAACGUAUCGACACUAUAGGGAUUAAUGGGAAAAUGGCGAGCCUUAUAUCAGCCUUCGAUGCGGAACUGAGCGAAUAUGAGCUCGACACCCAAAUGCUGAUUAACGCCAUCCUAUUCGCGAAAAGAGGAUAAUUGCACCCGUCAAUUAUGUCGCCAGAAAAUAUCCUGGACGCGGCUAACGAAGUAAUUCAACAUAAUCGGGGGGCGGAGUUCCCGGUCCCCCUAGAAAUCCCAUAUAUCACCGAAUUAUUGAAACUCGCGGAUCUGACGGCCUAUUUUCAUAAGGAAAAGGUCGUAUUCGUCAUCACGAUACCGAUACUUGAGCUAACAAAAUAUAUCGUGUAUAGACACUUGACAGUGCCGACCAAAAUUAACAAUACCUCAACGUCUCUAGUGGCCUUUAUAACGCCAAGUUAUCCCUACACCGCUAUUUCGGAGGAAGCCAAUACGUAUCUCAA